UGUUGGAUUGUUUUAUCAGUUAGUUGUUCAGCUACUUAUGCAUUCCUUUGUCGACCUCUAUUGGAGCAUGAUCAUACACUUAAAACUUCUCAAAGUAACAAAAUUUUCCUGAACUUUAAUGGAGGUUUCACGACAGUUCAUACUCCUUUAACUUCUUUGGCAUUUUUGGCAUACUUUACAAAUUCAGAAAACAGAUGGAACACAGCAAUGGCAGCUGCGGUGCUAGUCUCUGCUGUAUUAUGGCUGCUAGUGGGCUCAAAACCAAUUACUCAGGGACUCAAAUAUUCUCAGGCCAUGGGAAACUUCUUAACCGGUUUUGCUGGUCCUUUAAGGAUGUAUCCUCGUCAUACAAUUUUCUGGUUUUUCAUUCAAGCUCUAGUGCUAUCAACUUUAUCUGUUCUUAAAUCGCCAAGGUUGUGGGAUUCACUUUUGAGCAUGAUAUUGGUUCAUGCAUCCAUUCCAAGUUCCCUAUUACGGUUAGCUUCUACGUUGAAGAAAUUAGAGGGAUCAUCAUCUAUGGCAGCACACGUUUAUAAACAUCGAAAAAUCUUCGAAAUUAUACUGGGAUGUUUGGGAACUGUUUUUGUCCAAUACUACUUCAAAGCCAAAUCUAUCCCUCUCAUGUUAUCUUUCUUGUCUUUGGCUAUUGCCUGGCUGGGGAAUCUCGCGAACGUCCAGCGCUGCACUGAUUUUGGGAUUUUUCAUUUCCUUGUUACUGCAAGCUUGGAAUGUGCUGUGAGUCUAUUUGGUCUCCAUUUUCAUACUUUCCUCGUCGUUGCGGCUGGAAUUUUCUUGAUGGUCUUGAGGUUGAAGAUCGUGGAGGUCGAAUUCGUAUCAUUGAGGUAUGAUGGCAUGCAAGAAAGCGUCCUGAAGGAUUUGAAACGUUUGGAGGAAUUGUAUGGUGGCCAUGACCCCGCCAUCCAAACGCAGCAGUUGGAGCAACCCAACAGUAUUGUCUAAACUUGAAGAUGCCAUAGGAUAAAAUGCAUA